CCCCAAGCCUCCGGCCGAGCCCAGCACUCUGCUGCUAAAUGUAACAGACCAGCUGCUGCCGGGCGCCAGACCCAGCUCUGAGGGCAAGAGGAAGCGUAACAAGUCAGUCAGCAACAUGGAGAAAGCCAGCAUCGAGCCCCCUGAGGAGGAAGAGGAGGAGAGACCCAUUGUCAAUGGCAACGGUGUUGCUGUCACCCCAGAGUCAAGCGAACAUGAGGACAAGAGCACAGACGCUUCAGGAGACAUCGCCCCACAGAUCAACCCAGCAGAAGUCACAAGUGAGGUGUCAAAGGACGACGGACAGUCCCCAAAGACAGUGGUGCCCAAACCAGAGGAGAACGAUGAGCUAGGGCCUCUGCCAGACAACUGGGAGAUGGCGUACACUGAGAAAGGAGAGGUCUACUUUAUAGACCACAACACCAAGACGACAUCGUGGCUGGACCCGAGGCUAGCCAAGAAGGCAAAGCCGCCUGAGGAAUGCAAAGAAGAUGAGCUUCCGUACGGCUGGGAGAAAAUCGAUGACCCCAUUUAUGGCAGCUACUAUGUCGACCAUAUAAAUAGAAGAACCCAGUUUGAGAACCCAGUCCUGGAGGCCAAGAGGAGACUCCAGCAGCAGCAGCAGAUGCAAAGCCAGGGUCUGUCCUCACUGCCCCUUCCCACCAUCUACAGAGUGGAAGAUGCCAGCCCCUUUGCAACCCUCCCCAGAUCCUUCCUUGCUCAGGUCAGCCCUGCGCCUGAGCGCUGCCACAGUCUUGGCGACCUCUCCCGCUCGCCAACUACAGGUCGCAGGGCCGCUGCGUACAACACAUCCUCCUCCGCCAACGUCUCCCCACUCCGGCGUGUUCUGACUCGCCGGAUGAAUAUGUGCCCCCAUCAGCAGCAGCAGCAGCAGCAACCACUUCCCACCUCCGCCUGCACUGUGGUGCUAGAGCAGCCUGUCUGUAGCCCCUUCUCCCUGUGGCACUUUGUCAAGAAGCCACUGUUCACGCGGGAUCCGACUCAGCUGAAAGGCAGUUUCUUAUCCACAUCACUCCAAAAGAGCAACAUGGGCUUUGGCUUCACCAUAAUCGGAGGGGACGAACCUGAUGAAUUCCUGCAGGUUAAGAGCGUUAUCCCUGAUGGGCCUGCUGCAGCAGAUGGAAAGAUGGCCACAGGUGAUGUAAUUGUCUACAUCAAUGACGUGUGUGUCCUUGGUACCACCCACGCUGAUGUGGUCAAACUCUUCCAGUCGGUGCCCAUCGGUCAAAGCGUCACUCUGGUUUUGUGUCGUGGAUACCCUUUGCCAUACGAUCCAGAGGACGCUGCCAACACUAACAAUAACACCACCACCAUUAUCUCCCCACUGGGCAUCAUGGACCAGCGGCCGAUCAUGGUCAAUGGCAGGACGGGUUACGACAACUACCUGGACUAUAUCUCUCGCACGGCCCGCUUCGUCGCAGACCCCACUCAAGAGCAGGUCAACGCCCAGCAACAGCUGCUCACCCCUCAUCCGGGCGAUACCCAUUUAGACGGCUCACUUCCUCCCACCACUGGAACUACGCCCCCUGACAGCGUCUCCAUGGCGUCAUCAGGGGCGACCCAGGGCGAGCUGUUGUCUCUCACUAUGGUGAAGGGCAUGGACGGGUUUGGCUUCACAAUCGCGGACAGCGCCACAGGCCAACGAGUGAAGCAGGUCCUGGAGCCUCAGGGCUGCCCGGGCCUCUUCGAGGGGGAUCUGAUAGUGGAGAUAAACAAGCAGCCAGUGCAGGGAUUCACACACACACAGGUGGUGGAGCUGCUCAAAGAGUGCGCCGUGGGAGCCGAGACCAGCCUGGUGGUUCAGCGAGGGGGAACAGGUCACUAUUCACCCUGGAAGACCCCUAAGCAGGUGCUGGAGCAGUGGGAGUCCCAGCAGGUCCAGAGCAGCCCCGCUCAGACCAGCCUGUCUGCACCCGUUAUCCCCCACAGCGCCCCCUUCCCAACACACCAUCUUCACAGGGCCUCGGUCCCAGACUCAGCGUCCGAGGCCUUGGCCUUGGCUAAACCAGACCCUUAUGACCUUUACGAGAAGUCCAGAGCUAUCUAUGAGAAUAGGCAACCCAGCCAGCCAAGGACUGUUUAUCCAAUGGACUCUUCAGGAGCAGAGUACCAGGACAUCGAGGUCCACCUGCGCCGACAGAAGUCCGGGUUUGGUUUUCGGGUCCUGGGUGGGGACGAGGCGGGACAGCCUAUAUUAAUCGGGGCGAUCAUUGAGAAGAGUCCAGCAGACUUAGACGGCCGGUUGCGCCCCGGUGAUGAGCUGCUGUUCGUGGAUGGGAUCCCUGUAAUGGGGAAGCCACACAGAUACGUCAUCGACCUGAUGCACGGGGCAGCACGUAACGGCCAGGUCAAUCUGGUCAUCAGGAGGAGAGUCCAGCCAACAGAGCUUCCGUACGGCUGGGAGAAAAUCGAUGACCCCAUUUAUGGCAGCUACUAUGUCGACCAUAUAAAUAGAAGAACCCAGUUUGAGAACCCAGUCCUGGAGGCCAAGAGGAGACUCCAGCAGCAGCAGCAGAUGCAAAGCCAGGGUCUGUCCUCACUGCCCCUUCCCACCAUCUACAGAGUGGAAGAUGCCAGCCCCUUUGCAACCCUCCCCAGAUCCUUCCUUGCUCAGGUCAGCCCUGCGCCUGAGCGCUGCCACAGUCUUGGCGACCUCUCCCGCUCGCCAACUACAGGUCGCAGGGCCGCUGCGUACAACACAUCCUCCUCCGCCAACGUCUCCCCACUCCGGCGUGUUCUGACUCGCCGGAUGAAUAUGUGCCCCCAUCAGCAGCAGCAGCAGCAGCAACCACUUCCCACCUCCGCCUGCACUGUGGUGCUAGAGCAGCCUGUCUGUAGCCCCUUCUCCCUGUGGCACUUUGUCAAGAAGCCACUGUUCACGCGGGAUCCGACUCAGCUGAAAGGCAGUUUCUUAUCCACAUCACUCCAAAAGAGCAACAUGGGCUUUGGCUUCACCAUAAUCGGAGGGGACGAACCUGAUGAAUUCCUGCAGGUUAAGAGCGUUAUCCCUGAUGGGCCUGCUGCAGCAGAUGGAAAGAUGGCCACAGGUGAUGUAAUUGUCUACAUCAAUGACGUGUGUGUCCUUGGUACCACCCACGCUGAUGUGGUCAAACUCUUCCAGUCGGUGCCCAUCGGUCAAAGCGUCACUCUGGUUUUGUGUCGUGGAUACCCUUUGCCAUACGAUCCAGAGGACGCUGCCAACACUAACAAUAACACCACCACCAUUAUCUCCCCACUGGGCAUCAUGGACCAGCGGCCGAUCAUGGUCAAUGGCAGGACGGGUUACGACAACUACCUGGACUAUAUCUCUCGCACGGCCCGCUUCGUCGCAGACCCCACUCAAGAGCAGGUCAACGCCCAGCAACAGCUGCUCACCCCUCAUCCGGGCGAUACCCAUUUAGACGGCUCACUUCCUCCCACCACUGGAACUACGCCCCCUGACAGCGUCUCCAUGGCGUCAUCAGGGGCGACCCAGGGCGAGCUGUUGUCUCUCACUAUGGUGAAGGGCAUGGACGGGUUUGGCUUCACAAUCGCGGACAGCGCCACAGGCCAACGAGUGAAGCAGGUCCUGGAGCCUCAGGGCUGCCCGGGCCUCUUCGAGGGGGAUCUGAUAGUGGAGAUAAACAAGCAGCCAGUGCAGGGAUUCACACACACACAGGUGGUGGAGCUGCUCAAAGAGUGCGCCGUGGGAGCCGAGACCAGCCUGGUGGUUCAGCGAGGGGGAACAGGUCACUAUUCACCCUGGAAGACCCCUAAGCAGGUGCUGGAGCAGUGGGAGUCCCAGCAGGUCCAGAGCAGCCCCGCUCAGACCAGCCUGUCUGCACCCGUUAUCCCCCACAGCGCCCCCUUCCCAACACACCAUCUUCACAGGGCCUCGGUCCCAGACUCAGCGUCCGAGGCCUUGGCCUUGGCUAAACCAGACCCUUAUGACCUUUACGAGAAGUCCAGAGCUAUCUAUGAGAAUAGGCAACCCAGCCAGCCAAGGACUGUUUAUCCAAUGGACUCUUCAGGAGCAGAGUACCAGGACAUCGAGGUCCACCUGCGCCGACAGAAGUCCGGGUUUGGUUUUCGGGUCCUGGGUGGGGACGAGGCGGGACAGCCUAUAUUAAUCGGGGCGAUCAUUGAGAAGAGUCCAGCAGACUUAGACGGCCGGUUGCGCCCCGGUGAUGAGCUGCUGUUCGUGGAUGGGAUCCCUGUAAUGGGGAAGCCACACAGAUACGUCAUCGACCUGAUGCACGGGGCAGCACGUAACGGCCAGGUCAAUCUGGUCAUCAGGAGGAGAGUCCAGCCAACAGGUGAGCCGUGUCCAGAGAACGGUCGCAGCCCGGGCUCUGUGUCCACGCAGCACAGCUCCCCACGCAGUGAUUUCACGUACGCCAACAGCACCCAGGCACCCAACACCAGCAUGGGCAUCAGCGCCAUUUCAGAUGGGACAUCUACCCCAAACAUACAACCCAGUGACGUCGUCAUCAAUCGAAAAGAGAGCGAGGGCUUCGGGUUCGUCAUCAUCAGCUCCCUCAACCGGCCCGAGGCGGCCGCUGCCACCACUGUGCCCCAUAAAAUUGGCCGCAUCAUCGAGGGCAGUCCGGCAGACCGCUGCGGGAAGCUGAAGGUAGGAGACAGGAUACUGGCGGUUAACACUCAGUCCAUUGUCAACAUGCCGCACGCCGACAUCGUCAAGCUGAUCAAGGAUGCAGGCCUCAGCGUCACCCUGAGGAUCAUACCACAGGAAGAGAUCAGCAACCCCCCAUCAGCCCCCAGCUCGGAGAAGCAGAGCCCUAUGGCCCACCAGCACAGCCCCAAGACCCAGCCCAGCACCACCUCUGCCUCCCAGUCCAGCUCAGCCCCGACGGAGCCGGGCCAGUCCGUCAGCCAGCCCAACCCCAUGCCCCACCAGAGCCCCGCGACCCAGCUCCCGGCCCCUCCACCGCAGACCUACACCCACGAGAGCAGUUACAGGUCAGAGGUGAAGGCGAGGCAGGAUGUCAAACCAGACAUCCGACAGCCGCCGUUCACGGAUUAUCGGCAGCCCCCGGUGGACUACCGGCACCCUCCUGUGGCCGACUACAGGCAGCCGCCCACAUUGGAGUACAGACACCCGCCACUGCUCGACUACAGACAGUUAGCCACUGACGCCAGACAGUUCACCAUACCAGACUACAGAAUGCCACCAGUUCAACUUUCACAGGACUUUGACUUCUUCACAGUGGAGCUGGAAAAAAGCGUGAAAGGUUUCGGUUUUAGCAUCCGUGGUGGGAGGGAGUACAAGAUGGACCUGUUUGUGCUCCGACUGGCAGAGGACGGACCCGCCAUCCGCAACGGGAGAAUGAGGGUUGGAGACCAAAUCAUUGAGAUCAACGGAGAGACGACCCGUGACAUGACCCACGCCAGGGCCAUUGAGCUGAUCAAGUCUGGAGGGAGGCGGGUCCGUCUUCUCCUAAAACGGGGCACAGGGCAGGUCCCAGAGUACGACAAUGCCGCCCCAUGGGAUGCUCGCCCUUCAGCCUCCCCAAGCCUGUCGGAAGUAGCCCCUCCCAUCGACAGCCUCUCCAUGUCAUCGCCUUCAUCUCAUCUGGCCCCGGCCCCUGACCCGCCUCACCUGCCACCUCUGGAUGUCCCUCGAGACCCCGUGGCACGAGAGAACAGGACGGAGCGUUCCAAGAGCCCGCAGAAGGCCGAGCUGCUGAAUCCAGACCCGAUCGUUCAGGGGAGGAGGGCGGCGCCAACCGGUGGGAGCAGCAGAGCCAAGAAAGAGGGUGGCAGGUCCACCCACAAGGGGGAAGGGGGCAAGGAGGGGCAGAGUGGGGAGCUCAAACACUCCAAGAGCAGCAGAGGGAGAUCCAAGGAGAGAAACACUGGGGACAGCAGCUUUUCCAGCGGGAAACGAGAAUCCACCCAAUCUCCCAGCAGCUCCAGGCUCCCACACACUAAUGGGAACAGUAGGGAAGAUGUGGAGCAUUACAGCAGUGGGCAGCAGGUGGAGCCAGAGCAGAGCAAGCUGAGGCAGAGGGAACUGGACCGGGGCCUGGGAGAGAGCCGACCCAGCCUGCCCAACAAGAGCACCAGCAGUGGCAGCGCAGCAGGGAGGAAGGCCACGGUCUCUCCUGGGCCUUGGAAGAUCCCUGGGUCGGACAAGCUGCCCAGCACGCUGCGCACAGGCACGUCCACGCUGAGCAGAUAACCCCCCGGCUCUGUCACAGUGGCCAUCCGGACUCAACCAUCCCAUCUAGAUGAAACCACCCCCCCCCAUCACCUUCCUGUGCCCUUGCUCCCCCUUUAACCCCCUCUGAUCCCUCUUUCUCAUAGACCACAGGGAAAAACUCUGAGGGGGGACUGAGUGAUCUGGACCAUGUGUUUUUAGAACAACUUUUUAUUUAUGAUGCCGUACUCUAAAUUAUUUUGAAAAAUAUUUUACACCCACCACCUUAAAAACUGGAAAACCAUCCACUUUAAAUAAAAACAAAACAAACAACAAAAAAAAAAAAAAACAGAAGAGUAAGAGGACCGAGAAGAAUGUGUGAGUGUAGUGUGAUGGGGAGUCAUUUGCAGGAUACAGAACUUUGAAAAACUCUAUUUUGAGUUCCCCCAAAUUUCUGGAGCAGCAGAACUGGGAACAAACAUGCAAAUAUAAACAACUGAAAAGAAGCAGUUGCUAUUGAUUUUUUUAUAUCUACACAAUGGGAGUCUAUUUUAUGAAAUGGAAUGUUAAGAUGGUUUGCCUGGUUUUGACAAGCGCGAAUGAAUCAGAGUGACAGCAGAAAUGAAAUUUACUUAUCAACAGAACUUUGCCUUAACAGAGACUGUGUGGGCCUGAACCUGUCUUGAAAAAUCUAUCAGAAGAUUAUAGACAUAGAUAUAUUAUAAUGAAUAUGAAUAUGUGGGAUCAUUUUGUAAAUAAGAUCAUCUUUAAGUAAACAGAAACUUAAACUGAGACGAUGGAAUUUCUUGCCCAUGCGUAGAUGAGCAAAGCGGCGAGUUCUGGACCAGAUCUUUCUCUGCUUCCUCUGUGCUCCCAUUCAGCCCUGUGAUUGCAAGUUUGGCGUCUCUGCAGGCCUGCUGCGGUUGUGCUUGAAUCUCCUGUAGUUCAACCGGAGUGUUGUGUCCGUUCACAUGAUGAGCUCCCAUGAUUCUGAAGGGCAGAGUGCCUUAGACUGACAGAAGAGGUUGGAUUUUAGGUCAAAGGUUCAACUCCAAAACACGGUAGUGGACUCGAAACAGGCUGCUAUACAACAUCAGUUUUACAGAUACCAAUAAUAUACUGUAUUUUUUAGAGUGUAAUACAGUGAAAUAUAAUUCAUUUCAAGUAUAUGUAUAAAAUGACUCCAAUUACCAGAGGUAUUGAUGGUUCUUUUUUGUUGAAGUGUUUCAUUUUGGGUCAUGGUAGUUUUUAUAACAGAUUUCUUAAUGACAUCUGACACUAGUCAUUUUCAGACAGAAUGGCUUAUAUGUCAAGUGUCAGCACAGAGCAGAGCUUUGCACCCAAACUAAACCAAAUUAAUACAAAAUAUUGACUUGUCACAGUCAAAGAAUAAAUCUUACUUGUCAAAAUCUUGCUCAUCUAACAAUCUGUAACCCGCUUCAGUGCCCUCAUUUAAGAAUAAAACAUCUCUAUCAUUUCCAGAGCGCUAGAGAAAAGGGUGCGUAUGUCACAGACAUUGUCAGCUCAUGUCUUGAAUCUGCUUUAGGUCAGUGUCAUCUGUACUGUGUAAUGAAGAUCUCCACACCAGAACACCCUGUAGGUUUUCUGAAACCAUCUGUAUGCUCUUGUACAACAAGAUAGAUGGUUCCUUUCAGGGUGAUGAUUUGAGCAGUACAUCUUCAUUUAAAUGAACCAAUAUUAACAAAAAAAGAAGAAAAAAAUGAAAGAAUGACUUUAACAGACAAAUGUUUCCUCUGCUUCCACUUAUGAGGGAAGUGCAAACAGUGUUUAAAGAAUAAGAGCUAAGGGAAACACGUCAUUAUGUUUAACACUGUAAUCCAUAAUUACACAAGGAAUACGCAGAAUGACUUUAAAGCACAAUCUCACACAGAGGGUUUGGAAUAUGAAUUAUUGUGUCAGGAAAAAUCAUCAGCCAGGCACAAAUGGUUCAUCCCUUCAAUCACUUAAGGAUCGUGUCCAAGGGUAAUCUCAAAAAAGGAAAAAAAAAAAAAAAAAUCAAACCAAAACCUAAUAUUUUCCAGACAAAAGGAAGCAAAAGCUUCUCAUCGUCACUUGACUGGACUGCUCCUUUAUUUUGUGACUUCUGUGUGAAGCAGAAACUAAAAUAUGUCCAUAUGUUUUGCUCAGCCUUUGCACAACUCACUGCUUUCCACAUCUGAGCUGUAACUGUUGAGCCAAAUUGUCAGUAGUUUUCUACAGAAAACAAAAAGAG